GGAAGAACCGGGGGAACCUAACAUGAAGGAAUCGGGCCGGAGAGGCUAGAGGAGAAGAAACAGAAGCGAGGACCGAAUCCAAUCCGAUCCAGUCGCGGCGCUCCAUAGCCGGCUUGCCUGCGGGACGGCAAGAAUAUGGCUCGUUUCCGAGACCUUCGGGUCGGCGAAAGCGGCUGCAGCGACGACGAGUUCUUCUGCCCGCAGCAAGACCGGGACGAUCUCGCGGACUUUGAGUUGUCCGGCGGAGACGGAGGCCCAUUCGACGCCUGCGGAGGCAUCGACCUCGGUGGCAGCGAAAGGGACAGCGACGGCGGCGGCGAAGGCGGCGUGAUCGUCCUGGACAUGGACGAUCCCGGCGGCCAUGGCGACAGCAACCGAGAGAUCAACGGGGACAGAGACAACAAGAGCAACACCAACACCAACAACAACAGCAACAGCAACACCAACACCACCUGCAGCAACAACACCAACAGCGACCCGAACCCAAAGGUGGUGGUCGCAUCCGCGGUGGGCCCGAGCGGGCGCGGGCCCGGGGGCACCCCCGGGUGGGGGGAGCGAACCGGCGGGGCGGAACGAACGGUCGCCGUUGCGGCGUUCGAUGCUUCGGCCGAUCCUGCCUCCCGCAGCGACAAGGGCGCGCAAGGGCCAACGGAACGCCCCCGGACCGGGGCGGGACCGAGCCCGGAGGGGCGCAGCGCGUCGGAGGCGAUCCACAUCGACGACGACGAACACGACGACGAACACGACCACAACGACGGUGCCGGCGGCGGUGCGAACGACGGUGCCCGGGCCGGGGCCGCCGAUCCGGCGGGGGCCUUCGGAUCCUCCACCGGCUCUCGUGCCCCGGCGGUUCGAUCCGCGGUCGCGGACCCACCCAGCGGGAGGCGCACGGGCAAACGCAAACCCAACCGAGGGGCGCCGGGCGAGGCAACCCGCGGCGGCGGGGCCAUCCGUGGAAUCCCCUCUUUGGCGAUGGGAAUGGCGAUGGCCUCCCCCGCCGAGGUGACCGAUCUGACGGCCGACGACGAUUUCGACGACGAUUUCGAGGUCUUUGACCUGACGGGGGAACGAAGUGGCGGCGACGAUGGCGAUGGCGAUGGCGAUGGCGAAGACGCACACGGUUGUGCUCCGGGCGAGGGAAUCCCUCGUUCCACCCGGAACCAGGGCCCGAGCGAAGGGAGCCGCGGGGCAGCCCUCCCUUGCCGAGGGGGGACCGCCGGCGAAAGGCCGGGCAGACCCGCGGGAGGUGCCGAAGCGAAACCCCCACCCGGGGGCGAACCGGGGGUCUCCCGCCAGCACCCCGGGCCGGAAGCCAGCGCACACGAAUCCUCGUCCGCGGACGGCGCCCACGCAAGAACGACGCAACCACAAGGAUUGUUCCGAGACCGAGCCACGGGUUUGGAAGCGGUGGAUGCGCCUCCCGGUGUCACCGACGCACCCGCAUCGGCCCGGGUGGAAGCCGGGGACCGCGCAUCGAACGUAAAGAGGAACGAAGACAAGAUUGCCUCGUUUCUAGAAGCCGUCCACGGGUUUCCGACACCGCAACACCCGUACAUCGAAACCACGGGCGCAGGCGCGAUCGAAUGCAUCGAGAUCGAAGACGACGACAAAGGCCCGUGCGAGGACGAGGACGCCAAGCGGAAACCCGAGAGGAACACGUUUCCGACUCCGGGAGAGGCCGGGGCCACCGCAAGGAAACCCCUUCGGACCACCAACCCGAGGCCUCGCUUCAAGCCCCAGAAACCACACAAGCGGGCCAAAAAGACCGGGAAGGACCCGGCCGCGCCCGGGGAAGCCCCCCCCCCUCCGGAACGCAUUCCCCCUUGGGGGGACCGCCCCCGGGCCGGGCCGGCCGCGGAAGAACAGCCCCCGCGGCCCUUCGAGGACCGGUUUGUCUUCCACCCCUCCAACAACGCGAGGACCAAGCCGGAAGACGACUACCGGAACAGUUUUCUCGGCAUGACCAUCGAGGACGCCCGGAAGGAGCAGGAGCGCCUCCUCGAGAGAGCGGCCGCCCGCCUCCGGAUCAAGGCGUCCUUCCGCGUUGCCUCCAGGCACGGGGUCUCGCGCAGGACGCAGCCCGCCGCCCGGACCUUUGGGGGGCUCGUCCGGGACGUCCACCUCCGGUUUUCGAACCACUGGACGUACCGGAACCACUAUUCCCGGCUGGGCCUGCCCCCGGACGCCACCGAGUCGAUGAUCAAGUCACAGUACCGGCGCCUGGCCAGGGUCUACCACCCGGAUCGGAACAUCGGAAAAGCGGACACCAAGCACAAGUUCCAGGCCAUCACCGAGGCCUACAACCACCUCAUACAAUCGUAGCGACGAAUGCGGUGGGGUUCGGACGGAUUCGUUCCACAAAUUUUCUGGCCCUCGUAAAACUAGAUUAGAUUGUUCCAUUAGAUUUCUCUCAAAACGGCUCUUCCUUCCCAAACAUUGAAUGCU